AUGGCCGAGAAGUGUGAGCCAUCAGUCUCCAGAGUAGGCUCAGAUUAUUCCUCAGUGGGAUGGUUACCUGGUACUGAAUCCCUGUGGCAGCCCACAACCAUUUCAUCAAGCAGUCAAAGCAAUCCUGUCAGAAGACACAGUAUAGCUUCCGACAGCGGGGACACUGGGAUUGGUACCUCCUGUUCUGAUAGUGUGGAAGAUCAUUCAACGUCAAGUGGCACAUCCUCGUUUAAGCCCAGCCAAUCACUGGCUUCAAUUCCCACUGCCCAUGUGAUGCCGUCUAAUGCCAGCUCUUCACUUUGCAAACACAGGGAAGCUUUCAAGUCUGAUGGCUCAAAAUGGAGUACAAGCUUUGUACGGUCAGGAGGAGGCAGAAAUAGAGGUGCCCUGGACAAUUCUCUUGACAUGAAAGAUGCAAGACCUGUAAGAAAAUGGUCCUCUUUGUCUAAGCUCAGCUCCCCCAACACCUUCAGCCAAGAUGGUAGUAGUAAUUCGGUGGAUUCCAGGGGUAGUACAGACAAAGCUGUGUCACCACAAUUGAGGACAAAUGGGCCAAGCUGUUUGCAUGAUAGCAUGGAGUUGCUAAAAAUUGAGGACAAAGAAACGGGGAAAAAGCGAUCUUCUGUACUGGACUGCAAAUACAAAUUUGAAACAUGCAGCAAAGAUGAUUUUGGUUCAGAUUCCUCAAAUAGGAGACAUGCCUUAGAUUUGACCUACAGUGCCUUACCUGAAAGCAAACCUGUGGCAGCCAGUUGUGAAGCUUUUGGACAGAGAUAUGCAACUCUGGGACAGCAGGCUGUGAGUGGAGCUCCCAUACAGCCGGCAGUGAGGACUCAGAUGUGGCUUAAAGAACAGUUACGUGCAAAUCCCCUGGACUGCAGGACUGCUGAGGAGCCCUACUGCAUGGCUGCCUGGCAUGUGCAGCAGCUCGAAGAUUUUAGAACAGGAAGUGAACAGCCUGUGCAGAUUCCAACUGGAACAUCUCGUCAGAGUUACCCAGCUACCAGCUAUCAGGACUUCAGCAACUGGGAAUCUCUAAUGAAAAUCAAAGAGGGCCUGCUCAGACAGAAGGAGAUUGUGAUUGAUCGGCAAAAGCAGCAGAUUAACAGUUUACAUCAGAGGAUACGCGAGAAUGAAUUACGAGCUCAACAUGCAAGACUGAGCCAUCUUGUACAGUGCGAAGAACCUUACAUGACUAAUUUGCAGCAACCCCAGUACGAGAGCACGCCACUGCAACCUCACGUUUCGGAACGAUCAACAUCCCACCUCGAGGAGCUUGAGCGAAAGAUUGCAGCAGCUGAGAAUAAGGAAUUGCAACUCAGUGAACUUGUAAAACAAAUUUCAAACAAAUCUAGUGAGGAGAAGAAGAAGAUGGAGGAAAAACUUAAAACUAGAGACCGAUAUAUUAGUAGCCUGAAAAAGAAAUUCCAGAAAGAGUCUGAGCAAAGCAAAGAAAAACAAAGACGAAUUGAAACAUUAGAAAAAUAUCUGGCUGACCUACCAACUCUGGAUGAUAUACAAGGGCAGGCUAAACAGCUGCAAAUUCUAGAAGAGAAGAACAAGCAACUUCAAGAAACUACGACUGAGUUAGAAAAGAAGCUCGCUGAGGCCCGAUCGCAGUGCAGAGAGACAGAAUUGCAACUGGUGGGUCAGAAGAAAAAAGAAAAAGAGCUGGUCACAACAGUACAGAGUUUACAACAGAAAGUAGAAAAAUGUCUGGAAGAUGGUAUUCGCCUUCCCAUGUUGGACACAAAACAGCUUCAGAGCGAGAAUGAACUUCUCAAAGAAAAGAAUGAGAGAGACAGCAAGGUUAUAGACAAUCAACAAAAUCAGAUAGCUGGACUGAUUUUAGACAUUCAGUCUAUGCAAGAGAAGCUUUUGCAAGAAAAGCUGCUAGUUCAGAAGAUGACAAAUGAUCUUGAAGAAAAAGAAAGUCAUAUAGAGCAGUUAAAUAAAGCUGUCUCUGAAAACCAAAGACUGAUGGAAGAGAAUGCCUGCCUGAAGGAGCAGAUGCACCAGGUGGAACAGUCCAGGCAGCCAGUAUCUGAGAAGAUGCCUAUAGCAGACCAGUUGUUCAAGGAAAUGUCCCAUUGCUUGUUUGACUUGAAAGCACUGUGCAGUAUUCUUACACAGAGAGCUCAGGGCAAGGAGCCUAACCUUUCCUUACUGCUGGGAAUCAGAUCGCUGAGCUGUUCAGCUGAAGAGAAUGAAAAUUACCACAGCACAGAAACCCUUUCAAAGAAGCUCUUGGAUGUUUGUCAGUUAAGGAAGGAUAUUGAUGAAUUAAGGACUAUAAUAUCGGACCGUUAUGCUCAGGACAUGGGGGACAAUUGCAUUACUCAAUGACAACAUUUCAUCUAAGCAAAUGACUUAUUAAAUGCUGCUGCGUCACAGG